GUGGGUGACAGACGUGGAUUUGUUUGUAAACAAAACCAUAACCUAAUUAUAAAUAAACGUCAAAAGCAACGUUUCGAAUAAUCUUAAAAACAAUCGCUUUAAGUUCAGUUUUUGCUUAAUUCGUACAAUAUUUUUUUGUGAACUAGAAAAAUAUUAAUCUGUUAAAUUAAAUAUUCUUUUUUAUUCAUAUUAAGUGCUAUAAAUUCAGGUGAGGAAAGAUGGUUGCGCGACCACGGUCGCCUUGCGGCGCUCUACUGCCGCAGUUCUACGCUGGGAGGGACAUCUUCAUCACUGGAGCUACUGGCUUUAUGGGAAAGGUAUUGGUAGAAAGGCUGUUGUCAACAUGCCCAGACAUCGGUCGGCUGCAUCUCUUAAUGAGGCAAAAGAAGGGUAUCGCUCCAGAAAAACGCCUUCAGCAACUUAAACAGUCACAGGUAUUCGAUGUCGUUCGCCAAACACAUCCUGCACAAUUAGACAAACUAUGCAUGAUUCCGGGAGACGUCGCACAACCAGGACUUGGCAUAGCUCCACAGUCACUUAAACAAUUGCAGGAGGUGUCCAUUGUAUUCCACUCUGCAGCAACACUGAAAUUCGAUGAGCUAUUGUCAACAGCCGUGGAACAGAACGUGUUGUCAAUUAUACGAAUAAUGGAUCUUUGCGAUACUCUUCCUAAUUUACAGGCCCUCAUCCACGUAUCUACAGCCUACAGCAACCCAGAGCUGAAUACCGUAGAAGAGAAGGUGUACCCCGCUCCAGCGUCACUUCCACGUCUGCUUGCGUUGGUAGAUGCUGUACCGACACCACUUCUUUCCAGUAUAACACCACAGUAUAUAAAGCCCAAGCCCAACACAUACACAUUCACAAAGGCAAUGGCGGAGGAAGCAGUGCGAAGUAGGACCCAUAAAAAUUAUCCCAUCGCUAUCUUUAGACCUACCAUAGUGAUUUCUUCACUCCGCCAUCCCUUCCCCGGAUGGAUCGAGAACCUCAAUGGUCCGAGUGGCGUCAUCGCUGCAGCCGGCAAGGGUCUCCUUCACGUAUUUUGCAGGAAGCCCAACGCAAGAGCUGACCUACUGCCGGUGGAUAUUGCUAUUGAUACUCUGCUGGCUGUAGCAUGGGAAACUGCAGUAGACAAGCUUCCAGAAGUCCGUGUCUACAACUGCAGUACGUACGAGAAUCCUACAACAUGGCUAGAGUUUGAGAAAGCACUUAAACACUAUCUACCUCGCUUUCCAUUAGAUAACUGCCUGUGGUAUCCCAGUGGAUCUGGAGUGGAGAAUCGAUAUGUUCAUAAGAUGCUGCAGUUUUUCCUACAGACAAUUCCACUUCACCUUGCUGAGUAUAUUAUUCGAACAUUCGGAAUCAAAAUGAAGCUUAGUCUAAUAACUGCUGAACAGAAAAUGCGUGCCAUGGAUGAUGUUCUCGCCUUCUUCGCGCUGCGUGAAUGGCAAUUCAAGACUGAGAAUGUAACGAAACUAAAGGAUCGACUCUCACCAAGCGAUGCUGCCAUAUACAAUUUGGAUCCCAAAACUAUUGACUGGACUGAACAAUACAAAAACUUUAUAAAAGGCACUAGGAAAUAUUUGCUGAAAGAAAAAGACCAAGAUAUCGCAGAGGCGAAGCGACACGUUGACAGAAUGUAUUAUUUACACAAAUGUGUCCAAUUCUUCGUGAUGAUUCUGCUCUUCAGGCUUGUGAUACAAAAUAAGUCCGUAAGAGAUGUUGUUUACGGAACUCUUCGAUUCUUGUUCUCUCUUUUAUUUACCACCUUCAAUCAUGUGAUAGGUGGUAUUGCAUGAAAGAGGCAAAUAUAAUAGGAGUUAAUAUAAUAUGCGUACAAAAUACAACAGAAAAUGAACCGCCUAGGAAUAUUUAUUUAUUAAGGAGUUAUUCGCCAGGCCGUAGGGAGAGCCCCUCCAAAAUGUCCUAACCAACACAUUUUUCUUUUUGUAGGUUUAUACUAAAAUAUUUUCAAUUUUUUUUUAGAUCUGUGAUAUGUUAAUUGGAUUCCACGUUCUAUGUAUUGCUAAUUUAUACUUUUGUCGAAAUAUAUUUUCUUGGUUAUUAUUAAGUGCCCCCCGAAAUAUCUUCCUGGCUCCGGCCCUGGUAGCAAGACAUUGUGAUUUUUAACGUAAAUUGUGCAAGAAUGUGAAUAUACGUAAUUGUGCAAGAGUUGCUAGGAAUACAUUUUAUUGUAAGACUAUCAAUAAUUAUAUUGUUUAAGAAUAUUUUUUAUACUAUUUCAUACAUUGCAGUCAUGUAAAUUACGCACUUAUAGGUAAGCUACGUAUUUAAGUUAUUAUUAAGAAACUUUUGUAUCGAAACUUGAAAUGAUGUUGGU